CAGCAGCAGCAGCGGCAGCAGCAGCAGCAGCAGCAGCCCCAGCACAGCCACCGCCACAGCGCCCUGGCUCCUAAGCCCCCUGUGGGCUGAAGGCAUUGCAGGCAGCCCAUGGUCCUUGAGGAAGUGUGCAGAUGGGAUUACCGUCCACAUGGAGAUAUGGAAGAGGACCAGGGAUUGGCACCGUGACCAUGGGCAGCUGGGGGCACUUCAUCUGCCUGGUCUUGGUCACCAUGGCAACCUUGUCCCUGGCCCGGCCCUCCUUCAGUUUAGUUGAGGAUACCACAUUAGAACCAGAAGAGCCACCAACAAAAUACCAAAUCUCCCAACCAGAAUCGUACGUGGUCGCCCCCGGGGAGUCGCUAGAGUUGCACUGCAUGUUGAAAGAUGCCGCGGUGAUCAGUUGGACUAAGGAUGGGGUGCACUUGGGGCCCAGCAAUAGGACAGUGCUUAUUGGGGAGUACUUGCAGAUAAAAGGCGCCACACCUAGAGACUCCGGCCUCUAUGCUUGUACUACAGCUAGGACGGUAGACAGUGACACUUGGUACUUCAUGGUGAAUGUCACAGAUGCCAUCUCAUCUGGAGAUGACGAGGACGACACAGAUAGCUCCGAAGACUUUGUCAAUGAGAACAGGAACAACCAGAGAGCACCAUACUGGACCAACACAGAAAAGAUGGAGAAGCGGCUGCAUGCCGUCCCUGCCGCCAACACUGUGAAGUUCCGCUGUCCAGCUGGGGGGAAUCCAACGCCCACAAUGAGGUGGCUAAAAAACGGGAAGGAGUUUAAGCAGGAGCAUCGCAUUGGAGGCUAUAAGGUACGAAACCAGCACUGGAGCCUUAUCAUGGAGAGUGUGGUCCCAUCGGACAAAGGCAAUUACACCUGCCUAGUGGAGAAUGAGUACGGGUCCAUCAAUCACACAUACCACCUUGAUGUUGUUGAGCGAUCACCACACCGGCCCAUCCUCCAAGCUGGACUGCCUGCAAAUGCCUCUGCGGUGGUCGGAGGAGAUGUGGAGUUCGUCUGCAAAGUUUACAGCGAUGCCCAGCCCCAUAUCCAGUGGAUCAAGCAUGUUGAAAAAAAUGGCAGUAAAUAUGGGCCUGAUGGGCUGCCCUACCUCAAGGUCCUGAAGCACUCGGGGAUAAAUAGCUCCAAUGCAGAAGUGCUGGCUCUGUUCAAUGUGACGGAGAUGGAUGCUGGGGAAUAUAUAUGUAAGGUCUCCAAUUAUAUAGGGCAGGCCAACCAGUCUGCCUGGCUCACUGUCCUGCCCAAACAGCAAGCACCUGUGAGAGAAAAGGAGAUCACAGCUUCCCCAGAUUACCUGGAAAUAGCUAUUUACUGCAUAGGGGUCUUCUUAAUUGCCUGCAUGGUGGUGACAGUCAUCUUGUGCCGAAUGAAGACCACGACCAAGAAGCCGGACUUCAGCAGCCAGCCAGCGGUGCACAAGCUGACCAAGCGCAUCCCCCUGCGGAGACAGGUUUCGGCUGAGUCUAGCUCCUCCAUGAACUCCAACACUCCGCUGGUGAGGAUAACAACUCGCCUGUCUUCCACAGCAGAUACCCCAAUGCUAGCAGGGGUUUCUGAGUACGAGUUGCCGGAGGAUCCAAAGUGGGAGUUCCCCAGAGAUAAGCUGACGCUGGGCAAACCCCUGGGGGAAGGUUGUUUCGGGCAAGUCGUCAUGGCUGAAGCAGUGGGAAUUGAUAAAGACAAACCCAAGGAGGCAGUCACCGUGGCAGUGAAGAUGUUGAAAGAUGAUGCCACAGAGAAAGACCUUUCUGAUCUGGUGUCAGAGAUGGAGAUGAUGAAGAUGAUUGGCAAACAUAAGAACAUCAUCAACCUCCUGGGGGCCUGCACCCAGGAUGGACCACUCUACGUCAUAGUUGAAUAUGCCUCGAAAGGUAAUCUCCGGGAAUACCUCCGAGCUCGGAGACCACCUGGCAUGGAGUACUCCUACGACAUUAACCGAGUUCCUGAGGAGCAGAUGACCUUCAAGGACUUGGUGUCCUGUACCUACCAGCUGGCUAGAGGCAUGGAAUACUUGGCUUCCCAAAAAUGUAUCCACCGAGAUUUGGCAGCCAGAAACGUGUUGGUAACAGAAAACAAUGUGAUGAAGAUAGCAGACUUUGGCUUGGCCAGGGAUAUCAACAACAUAGACUAUUACAAAAAGACCACAAAUGGGCGACUUCCAGUCAAGUGGAUGGCUCCCGAAGCCCUCUUUGAUAGAGUUUACACUCAUCAGAGUGAUGUCUGGUCUUUUGGGGUGUUAAUGUGGGAGAUCUUCACUUUAGGGGGCUCGCCCUACCCAGGGAUUCCUGUGGAGGAACUUUUUAAGCUGCUCAAGGAGGGACACAGGAUGGACAAGCCUGCCAACUGCACCAAUGAGCUGUAUAUGAUGAUGAGGGAUUGUUGGCAUGCUGUGCCCUCACAGAGACCCACAUUCAAGCAGUUGGUAGAAGACUUGGAUCGGAUUCUAACUCUCACAACCAAUGAGGAAUACUUGGACCUCACUCAGCCUCUCGAACAGUAUUCUCCUAGUUACCCCGACACAAGGAGCUCUUGUUCUUCAGGGGACGAUUCUGUGUUCUCUCCAGACCCCAUGCCUUAUGAACCCUGCCUGCCUCAGUAUCCACACGUAAAUGGCAGUGUUAAAACAUGAGCGAACAUGUCUUCCUGUCCCACGUGGGACAGGAACCAGGAACCUACUUACACUGAGCAGAGAGGCUGUGCCUCCAGAGUGUGUGUCAACUUGUACAUAUGGACCAGAGGAGUAAAUAAUGGGAAGCGUUAUUUGGCACAUGUGUAAAGAUUUAUACAGUUGGAAGCAUGUCACCUUCCCAGAACAGGGAGAAUGUUUCCUGAUAAGUGGACAGCCGCAAGCCAUCACACUACCCUCUCUGACCCACUAUGUGUACUGGAUUGUGCCCCAGUCGGACUCAAGGCAGACACGUGUUCUGCCUUCCUUGUUAAUUUUGUAAUAAUUGGAGAAAAUAUAUGUCAGCACAUACUUACAGAGCACAAAUGCAGUAUAUAGGUGCUGGAUGUAUGUAAAUAUAUUCAAAUUAUGUAUAAAUAUAUAUUAUAUAUUUACAAGGAAUUAUUUUUUGUAUUGAUUUUAAAUGGAUGUCCUGAUGCACCUAGAAAAUUGGUCUUUCUUUUUUUUUUUUUUAAAUAGAUAUUUGCUAAAUACUGUUCUUAGAAUUUCUUAAUUUUCACCGAGCAGAGGUGGGAAAAAUACUUUUGCUUUCAGGGAAAAUGGUGUCACAUUAAUUUAUUAACCAAUUGGUAAUAUACGAAAUGAUUAAUCAUUUAUAGUGGUUUUUGUUUUGUUUUUUUUUGGGUUUUUUUUUUUUUUUUUUUUUUUGUAAUUUAAGUGGCAUUUCUAUGCAGGCAGCACAGAGGACUAGUUAAUCCAUGCUUGGACUUAACUGGUUAUUGGAUCCUUUGAGAAGAGAAAUAUUUACGAUAGAUGACUAAUUUGGGGGGAAAUGAUGUGUUUGAUUUGUCUGUGUUUCAAUGCUGCUGUCCGAUAACUAUGUUUAGACACCUCAAUGCCCACUUACAAGGAACCUGUUAAACUCUGUCACCCCAGUGUAACGUUAAACCAUGCUUCCCAAAUCAAAUGGUACCAGCACCCUCAUCCCAAGAUGCCUUAAUCCACUGUCUGGGGACAGACUUCCAUUGGAAUGAUAGCAGAGUGGGUUCUGUCUGGCAGCUGGCCUUCUGCCUGAGUUACAAUCCAUCGUAUUAGCCUCACUUCUCCGUGAGUUUCAACAACAACUUCAGGAUCUUCAGCAUCAAAACACCCUUCGGGUACUCUGUUCCUUCAGAAUAUCAAAAGCCCAGUGUUACUCUGAUGAGAGUUUGGGAGCUUCUUCUGUCUUCUUAAGGGUUUGCUACUGGCUUCCGCCUUCGUCUGACAAGACCUCACCCAAAAAUCUGGCCUAAUAGCUACAUCCGACAAGAUAACAGUUCUUGUUAAUUUCCGUAGUCAAGUAUUGUGUUUUACUUUGGAUACACCCCACUCACUUUGCUACAGUCGUGCGACCUGAAUGCAGAUUACACUGAUUUUAUGUGUUUUGAAAUUGGAGAAAGUAUUUAAUAAAACCUGUUAAUUUUUAUACUGACAAUAAAAAUGUUUCUACAGAUAUUAAUGUUAACAAGACAAAAUAAAUGUCACGCAGCUUAUUUUUUUAA